AUGAGCUGCGUGCGCCAAAUCUCAGGUGUCACUUGGCCUACGAGACCAACCUACCCACUCACGCCUCCAAAUUUCGACGGCGAACCUAACGAGGAUGACACAGAGGAGUUGUUACGGCAUUAUCUGAGCCUCAAGCUGGACCUCAAGUCCUUAUACGAGGAAUGGUCGGAAGCGGAUCCCAACUUUCGCAAGAGAGCGCCAGAGUUUGGGGGUGUUCGCAUGCUCAGUCAAGACCCCUGGGAGGCUUUGAUCUCCUUCAUCUGCAGUAGCAAUAAUAACAUCUCUAGGAUAUCGCAAAUGGUAAGAACUCUCGCAAAGAAGAAAAACCCAACGCUCACAGUCGGCCAGGUUCAUAAGUUGUGUAUACAUUAUGGCCCUCUUGUGGGCAAAAUUGGGGAUGAAGCCUUCCACGACUUCCCGACACCGGAGGCUUUGACGGGAAGCUCAGUAGAGGCACAUCUGAGGGAGCUCGGGUUUGGCUAUCGCGCCAAGUACAUUGCUCAGACGGCUUCGAUUGUUGUCAAUGACAGGCCAAAAGGCUGGUUCGAGAGCCUCACCAACCCGGAAAAUCCAUGCUACGUCAAGACGGCCGAAGGCUCUAAGCUGCCUCAGUGUACAUACAAAGAGGCACAUGAGCAGCUGCUUCAUUUGUCGGGCGUGGGGCCCAAGGUGGCCGAUUGCGUCUCCCUGAUGGGCCUGGGCUGGGGCGAGGCCGUGCCGGUGGACACGCACGUUUGGCAGAUUGCUCAGCGGGACUAUAAGUUCGGCAAGACGAAGACCAAGAUGUUCAACAAGGCGAUGUACGAUGCCGUGGGGGAUCACUUUAGAGAGCUCUGGGGUAAGUACGCGGGCUGGGCACAUUCCGUGCUCUUUACGGCGGACCUGAAGACCUUUUCGGAGCGGACGGUCAAGAAAGAGGAAAAUCAUAAGGUGACGGUGAAGAAGGAGGUGGCCGUUGACAAAGAUGCGCCCGUGUCGGGCCAGAAACGCAAGAUUGUGAGGGCGAAGGUCAAGGUUGAGGUGGAUGACGAGGUGCCCGAGACUGCCCUCCUAGAAUCGUCGCCGAAGCGGAGGAGAACACGAUCACAACGCUGGAAGACGAGCUGA